UGGCUGUCACAACAGACGAUGUUACACGAAUAGCUAAGGUUUCAGAGGUAGCAUUGGGCAACAGCACAGGCACUGAAUCUGACCCGAAAGGAAGAAAAAGAAAGAAUUCAAAGAAGUUGUGGAAGGAUGGAGACCAAACAGAUGUUGAGAUAGGAACUAAGAUGGAAGAAGUAAUCCCUUCUCCCUUGAACUUGGCUGUUGCAAAAUACCAUGAUACACUAACAGCUAAUGUUUCUCCUUCGAACUUGGCUGUCGCAAAAGAUGAUGCCACACUAACAGCUAAAGCUAGAGAGAACAAUUUCUCACGAAUGUUGGACAUUCAUUUCAAAGAAAUUGCAUUAGCCGUCCCAAGAAAAGCUUCUUGUUCUUGACUUGAAUGGAAUUCUUGUAGAUGUUGUUCAAAUACCAUGUAAAAUCAAGCCACAUGCUAGAGUAAAUGGGAAAGGAGUAUUCAGGAGACAUUUUAUGAUGAUUUUCUCAACUUUUGCUUUAGGACAUUUAGCGUUGGAAUCUGGUCAUCAAGAGUUCAUAAAAAUGUGCUUGGGGUGCUUGAUCUUCUUAUGGACAAAAAACGGAGACGUGAACUGGUUUUCUGUUAUGGCCGAAACCUGUGUACAAUUACAAAAUUCAAAACCCUCGAGAAUGAGGAUAAACCGUUAGUUUUGAAGGAACUUAGAAAAUUAUGGGAUAGGCAAUUACCUAACCUUCCAUGGAAGAAGGGAGAGUAUGAUGAAUCAAACACGCUUUUGUUGGAUGAUUCUCCUUAUAAGGCUUUGCGAAAUCCUGCAAAUACUGCUGUAUUUCCAGAUCCUUACCAAUACAUGGAUGCUGCAGAUUGUUCAUUAGCACCUGAAGGAGAUCUUCGGAAAUAUCUUGAACGGUUGGCUGAAGCAGAAAAUGUUCAGCAGUUCAUCGAGCAAAAUCCAUUCGGGCAACCGGCCAUCACAGAGACUGAUCCACAUUGGGAUUUCUAUUCCCAAAUCAUAGAAGACAAGACGUUGCAAGCUCGGUAAUUCCCGCUCCAAUUUUUCGCAUUUCACAUUGGUCGGCUCUUUUUGAGGUGGUCUCCCUUCCAAAAUACCAGGAACGAUGUUGCUUUGGCUCUAUUUUUCUCGGAGUAUUCGUGUUCGAUGUAUAUUAAGAAGGUCGGGAUAUGAUUCUCCGGUGGCUUCGGAAAACUCUUCGACGGUUCUUGUUCUCUAUUUUCUUAGUAAAAGUAAUUGUGUCUAAAAUCAUU